GAAUCUAACGUUAGACCCGCGCGAGCGCCAUGCUUACAAGCCCAGAAUGUCUCGUUGCCGGUACGUUAGUGCCAAUAUUAUUGUGAUCUUAGUUAAUUUUUUAUAUGUGCGAUUAUCAAUAAGUACAAGCUGAUUGGUGUAUAUUUUAACGUAUACCUUGUUUGUUUUUCUAUACCUUUAGCAUUAACAGUUCGUCAUAAACGGUUAGUUGGGUGCUUUGAUGAGUUCUGAUUAAUGUAUUAUUAGCAUUAUCUUCACUACUACAAAACUCUAACGUUAUAAUAACUAACCAUUUUAAUCUAAGUUACGUUUAAACUUGAUAUAAUAAAAACUUUGUCGGUGUUGUUAGAGUAAAAUUUAAUAAUUACCGUUGUACCCCGGAAACAAUUAUUUUAAUCAGUCCAUCAAAUUAUACGUUGAUUAUGUUAGGUAUUCGUGAAAAAAUAAUAUACAAAGACUCAAUUCACAAGGGAGUCUUACUAUAGAAGAAUUUAGUAUUAAUGAUAAAUGUUAGAACCCUUACGCAUAAUAGCCGCAUGGUCCAGAAAUUUCCAAUAUUCGUUGUGUGAGGAAAUUUACUGCAUAAUAAAAUAAUAAUAUGCAUAAUAUAUAAUUCUGGCAGGAAUUUCUGGGCCUUGGUUUUGUUAGAAAUAUAUACAAAUAUAUGUACGUAAUUUUAUAAAGUUAUAUAAUAUCUAAUAUUCCGCACUAAAAGAAGUGCUCAACGUCCGGACAUUAUAUUCUGGAAUUUUAUACUACUGAAGUCGGUGUUCACUUUAAAAAUGAUAUUCAUAAGUUAUUGUGACAUAUUUAAAUUUAGACACUAGCUUAAUAUUCAACUACCCAUUUGUAGCACGUAAUAAUUCUAUUUAUCGACAGAUUAAAUAGAUGAAGAAUAAGUGCAAUUACAAUAAUAAUAAAAUCUAAAAAAAACUAUAACGUCCAUUUUGAUAAAGUAAUUGCAACGUAAAUUUGAGAUCAAUAAAAUGGAGGAGUGAUGAGAGAUAGGGGAACACUACGUGUGAGUUUUAUAAUAAUGCAGUCAAAAUGAAAUAUGCUGCUCAUUAUCAGGUGCAUGUUGUUUUAUCUAUCCUCGCAGUACUUAAGUCUGUUAUUUUUUCAGUUCAUUGUUAUGCAGCUAGCAUUUUGUUGACCGUUGAUAAUAGAGUUUAUUUUAAACCUACAAUAUCAAUCCUUUAAUAAUAAUAAAUUAUGGUAUAUUAUAUAUGUAUACAAUCGCUUCCGUACUAUAUCCUAACGAGUAUUUUUAUUCGCCGUAAAAAUAAGACUAUUAACGUAAACUUAUACCAAAAUAUAAAGCAUUUAUUUGUUAUUUGGUUUUUCUAAUAAAUUAUUUGUUGCAAAUAUUAAAAGCGAAACGUAAUUAUUUAGAUGUAGUGGUAUUUGCUUAAGAUGUUUUGGCGAUAUUUCCAGUUCUAACAUAUUUGAGAAAGAAACAUAUUACAAAUUUUGAAACCCUAUGUUUAAUAAUAAUAUUUGGCAAAAGUUAAUAAAAAUAUGAAAUGGGAAUAGUCGCCGUUACCUAAUUGUAAACGUAGUUAUAAUGAUACACAUAUCUAUUAUUUUAAGUUACAUGAAAAUAAGUUAAUAGGAAAAUCUUAAUCCAUUGUAAUAGAAGUACUUUAUUGCGAAAUUUUCUCUGUGACAACUUUAAUUCAUUUUUUCUUACCUUUUAAAAGUUGAGUUAUAAAAUAUUUAAUUCACAUAUAUGGUCGUUUUGAUAUAGCGAAUAAUGAAUUUUAUUAUAAUUUGUAUAAGAUCAGAUUGUGUUAGAUAUUGGAAAUUAUUCGUACACGUAUUAUUCGUAGUAUUAUUCGUAACGUCUGUGGUUAGAGCUGUCACAUUGAAUUUGAAACAGAUUUGAAAAUUGAAUCGCCCAAAAAUCUGAAUGUUAUUAAAAUUUUAAAUUAAACUUUAUUGUAUUUUGUGGUUGUGAUCAUAGCGGUGAUUACCAAUCCAUAAAUAUAAUGUACUUUAAAUGUGUAUAUAUAAGUAAGUAGGUCUUUCAUAAAUAUAUGGGUAAAAAUAAAUUUGGAGACUUGUACAAAUUUGCUCACUAACUUGUUUGAAAUGACUGAACGAUCAUAAUUUCUAAUUGACUGCUAGGUAAACUUAUUUUUCACUGUAUGUAAAUUAAUGUGACGUGACUUUCAAAAAUUAUGCAUUAUCAUCAUGAAAGAAAUGCUUGAUUUACUUUUUAGCAUUUCUUACAUUUAAUGUUGACUUUAAAUGCACCUCGAUACGUGAAAUGUCUUGAGCUCAUUUUUAUAACAGUUUUAUUAUUUAAGUUUAAAUAUGUUAGUCGAGAUCGACAUGGAAUAGUCGCUCAGUGAAAUGUAUUUAUUAUUGUAAAUGUAAAAGAAUUAUUUGUAUAUAUCGAACCUGAUGUGAAAGGAAAAUAAUAAAAAUGUUUCCUACAAAAUCAUCAUUUUAUUAUAAGUUGAGUCUUGUCUCUGAUCAAAGUAUAGUUAAAUAGCUAAAUGUCGGUCUAUAUAACGUUUGUAAUAAUAAUUUUGCGUUUUUAAAGAAUGUUACGUCGUUUUGUGUUUUGCGUGAUGCUUUGCUUACUACCGCUUAUUAACGCUGUUUUUUUUUUGUUUCUAACAUUCCUUAUAAAUGCAUUCUAAUCGCAAUUAUUUACUUGUUGCGUUUUCAUUAUAAGUAACACUUACUAAAUGUUUGUUUUUCUUUAAAAUAUGUCUCAAUAAUUCUUAUCGUAGAACUUUUACUGUUUCUGAUUUCAUUUAAUUUUGUGCACUCACAGCAUGCAUUAAAUCUUCACGUUUGCAUCUUUAUCAUAUGACAAACCAUCUAGCGUCUCAAGCUUUUCUUAACGUCAAGACAAAGUUAUUUGAGAUCAGUGACGAGAUUCUACUUACUAUCCCUUUUUUCCAAAUCCUUAAUCAUUGAUAAUUACGUUAUGACUUCGUACCUUCGAGGUGCAUCUUCUGCAUCAUUUGGUCUGCUGGCAAGAGAUGGCAACAUGCAUGGACGCUGGACAUGGUGCUGGGUGGUGUCGGACUGUCUCUUAUUUACUACCUUAAUUAAAAAUACUUUGUUCUCUCCCACUAGAAUGCGCGAAGGGUUUGCAUUUGUACGACGGUCGAUGCUACAAGCGUUGCCCGGAUGGUACAUACGCCAGCGAGAUUUUGACGGAAAGAAGCUCAAGACGGCGACACCUUACUUACUUAUCUCAACAAGUUGGUGGUACUGGCCUUAUUAAACGGCAAGGUGCCAAUACUCUUACGCCCGUUGCUACCGAGGCCCUUGAUAUGGAAUCUCAAUUGGAUGCGAAAGAUAAAGCCCCGCUCAUUUGUUUACCAUGUCACUAUACGUGCGCUACUUGUUCUGGACCUCAUAAUAGUCAGUGCUUAUCAUGUUUAGAUGACGCUCAACUGUACAAUGGGACUGAUGUUGAGUUAAAGUUAUACUGUUAUCCAAAAACAGUGGUACCACAGAUUACUAACGCCGAGUGGCAUUAUAAAAUUAAUGUUGCCUUAGCAAUUGUGUCAGUCGCUUUUAGUGCUAUAAUAUUAUAUAUUUUAAUAUCGUGCAGUGUUAAAAGAUACGGCGUGUGUAAUAAAACUAAUUAUAAUUCUAACAUCAAAGUUGCUUACAACAAAUUAGCCAGCGAUGAGAAGCAACAAAGCGCCCUAGAGAUUGAAGAAGAAAUUCAAAAAGCAAUCAAGUAUUCAAGUGACAGCGAAUCUGACGACGAAUUACACUUGUAGCGGUAAACUCGUUUUUGUAUGUUAAGAUUUAAGAUCGAUAUUUAGGAAUUGAUUUUCGAGUUUCAUUUCAAAACAUAUACAGGACAAUUUUUGUGAUAAAUUUAAUAUUUUCGUUAUGCAUUUUAUUUUGUUUUGCCGGUUUUGUAUCUCUUUGUUCAUUCCAAAGAAGCUACGUUACAUUCCUUUAUGGUGAUAAAAAUAUAUUAUUAUUAAAAGUUUUAACACAUUUGUUUUUUUCAAAAAAGACAUUACUAAAUUUCAUAAAGAGAGAAGUAACCAAGAUAUACCAAUAAUAUCGCAAUAACAAUAUCAAGAUAACAAAGACCCAUGAAUCGAUAUUAACUUGAUUUUAUUUGACACAAAAAAACGUCAUCAUAACCAAUUUUAGUUGCCUUCGAAGUGUGUGAUUUUGAAAUAACCUCAGGAAUAUAUUUUUUUCAUCUACAAAAUCGAUUGCUGAUGUAUAAGUAUAGUAUAAUAUAAAGUUCAUAUAUUUUUAAGGGAUAUUUUUUGAAUAUUAUGAGAUACAAUUUGUAACAUAACAUAUCAUUAUGCAUAAUAAACAAUCUGCUUAAGAUUUGCUCAAGUUGCCAUUUCGUAAUUAGGUAUAUAGGUUUUAAGCUAACUCCUUGUAAAUAUUAUGUAAAUAAACAAGUUUCUAUUAU